UGUUUCAGCCCGGUCCAAACACACGGAUUAUAUACGGAUUCUCCCUCCAAAUUUCGAAGUCCUCUCCAACUUGUAACUGCGAAAUUGCCUCUCUGCGUGCGCAUAAGGAAUGGCGGUUUCAUCGGCGUUUCGCGAGAGGCUCGAACAGAUAGAGCAGACCAGAAACCAGCGCCUCUCUCUCCUCCAGGCUGAGAGGGAACUACAGAUCGCCAAGUCGCAACUCUUGUCCACUAUGCUCUCCAACAUCAGAUCGAGGGAGCAAAGCUGUUUGAUCCUCGAUCGGAGGAUUGCGUCUCAACAAUUCACGAUAUUGUCUCUGAGAUCCGAAAUUGCGACACUCGAUUCCAAGCAUGACAUCAAUCUACAACAAAUUAGGGUGUUGAAGAAUGAGGUAGAGGAGCUGGAACAGAUGGAGAAGGAGAAGGAGUGGUUUUAUGAUUCGAAAAGGCGUCAAAUAGAGGAGUUCCACGGUCAAGUAGAGAACUUUGUUGUUGACUAUCAAAUCCAAGUGCAGAAGUUGAGAAACAAGGUCAGCGAGCUCAAAUCGAGCUUUAUGGAAAUCCCAAGGAACAGUGGAUAUGUGAAUAAUUCUGAGAUAGCUGCAGCAGAGAUGAAAAAGUCCGAACUUUUGGCUGCAAAAGAGAAUUUGGAUACAAAUUUGGCUUCAAAUUACCAAAUGAGAGCACAGUUGCAAAAGCAGCUUCACAGUAUAUUAUUGGUUGAAGCAAAAAGAGAUGGAAACUAGUGCAGUUCAUGUAAACGAAUGAUCACUUCAUUCAAACUUAGGUUGAUAUCAGAAAGGACCAAAAAAAUGAAUGCAUAGAGACCAAAACCUUGUUGUUGAGUCUUUCACUUGUAAAAAUGUCGGUGAGUCGAUAUUCCUUUGGUUUAUGGAGUUGCAGAUGAGCCAGAACAAGUCUCCUUACACCUCAAUUGAUGAUGUAUAGCUCUCAAUUCUGCUACAUUAAAGUGUGACUUACAUUGUGAAAUCCAUCUCUUGCUGAUCUAAGAACUAGCUAGAGACAUAGAGGUCAGGUGAUUCUUAUUGUUUAUUUUCUCAUUUGUAUGAAGA